AUGAAUAUAUUCAGGGUUUCCGGCAAACUUGUGACAAAGUAUUUGUGCAUGUUGAUGGCUUGGGCCAUAUUGUCGACUGUUGUACCUUAUUGGGCUGCUGGCCCGAACGCAGUGAAGUCGCCAUAUGAUUCCCUAUACGAACUGAACCAAGCCACAGUAACAGAACAUUCGCUUAGCGAUGCUGAUGUGAUAUUUGUCACAGCGCAUCCCGACGACGAGUCCAUGUUUUUCAGUCCGGUCAUUGUGGAGCUCUCAAAGGCUAAAUACAACAAUGCAUUGCAUUUGAUCUGUUUUUCAGACGGAAACUUCGAUGGCCUUGGAGAGACCAGGCAGCAAGAAUUAAUCCGGGCAGCCAACAUACUGGGAUUCCAAACUCACAAGACACUUGACUAUGUCGACAACAUCCACGAAGGGUGGGACACAAGCGCAAUCGCGGCCACUCUGGCUAAAGAACUGAAGGAGCUACCGUUCCACAAAUCAAAGCAGAUCCUGGUCUCCUUUGAUGAGGAAGGUGUUUCAGGACAUCCAAACCACAAGUCUCUGUACUAUGGCGUCGAAGAGUAUUCAAGGAAACACAAGCUUAGAUUUUUCAAGCUCAAGUCGUGGCCAGUGGCUGCCAAGUACAGUGCAUUUGUGAUUACUAACGUUGAACUCAUUGCAAGACUUUUGAAGAAGUGCUCUGCAAUCCACAGAUAUUUGCCAUCAUUAGUGAAUCGCAUCCCAGAUCAAGGCCAAGCCAUUAAGAUCUACGCAAACUUCAACUCCUGGUUUUUGAACCUGGCAACCAUGACAUACGCUCAUUACUCCCAGAUCGUCUGGUACAGAUGGCUGUGGAUUUUCCUCAGCAGAUAUAUGAAUUGCAACGAGCUCGAAUUAGUUAUAUAG